UCUCUCCCCAAGCCUUAAACCCCUUCCCCUUCCAAAUCACUCGAUUUUCUCUCCAUCUCUGUCCCUUAUAAUGAAUAAGCUACCAAAGAAUCCAGCAAACUACACCCCCCUCAGUCCAAUAAACUUCUUGGAGCGAGCUUCAGUCGUCUACUCCGACCGCACUUCAGUCAUCUACAACAGCACUCGCUUCACAUGGCGACAGACUUACCUUCGCUGCCACCACCUCGCCGUGGCACUCCGUUCGCGCUUACAAAUCUCCAAAAACGACGUGAUCUCCGUUCUCGCCCCCAACAUCCCCUCCAUGUACGAGCUCCACUUUGCGGUUCCUAUGGCCGGAGCCGUACUGAACACCAUCAACACCCGCCUCGACUCCGGCAGCAUUUCCACCAUCCUCCGCCACUCCCAAGCCAAAGUCCUCUUCUUCGACUACCAAUUCGCUUCACUCGUCCACGAUUCCAUUUCCCUUCUCAUGGAACGCAACUCAGCUUCCCCGCUCUUCCUCGUUCUUAUCGACGAGCUAGAAUCACCGAAAUCGAGCCAUCUCGGCUUAUUGGAGUACGAAGAGCUAAUUUCCUCCGCAGAUCUUGGAAGCUCAGAGCUUCCUCCGUUGGCUGACGAAUGCGACCCCAUUGCGCUGAAUUACACAUCGGGGACCACAUCGGCUCCAAAAGGUGUGGUUUACAGUCACCGAGGAGCUUAUUUAAGCACGCUUAGUUUGCUGCUUCAAUGGGGGGUGGGCAACGAGGCGGUCUACCUUUGGUCCCUUCCCAUGUUCCAUUGCAACGGCUGGACCUUCACUUGGGGCAUGGCCGCGCGCGGCGGAACCAACGUCUGUAUACGCAGCAGCUCUAAAUCCGACAUAUAUAAAGCAAUUGCGGAUCACGGAGUGACCCACAUGUGCUGCGCGCCGGUCAUCUUCAACCUUCUGGUCGACGCCACGAAAUCAAAGGUCGAGGUUUUAACCGGUGGGGCUCCGCCGCCGGCCGCGAUGCUGGAGAGAGUGGAGAAAUUGGGGUUCCACGUGACGCACGCGUAUGGUAUGACGGAGGCGACGGGACCAGCGCUGGUUUGUGAGUGGAGAGAAGAAUGGAACCGGUUGUCGAGUGCGGAACAGGCGAGGCUCAAGGCGAGGCAGGGGGUUUCCGUGCUGAGCCUCAGCGAAGUGGAUGUGAAGAACGUGGGGACGAUGGCGAGCGUGCCGAGGGACGGGAAGGCUGUGGGGGAAAUCGUGAUAAGAGGAAGCAGCGUCAUGAAAGGGUAUUUCAACAACGAGGAAGCGAAUUCCGAAGCUUUUAAGGAAGGUUGGUUUUUGACUGGGGAUGUCGGAGUUGUGCAUCCGGAUGGGUAUGUGGAGAUCAAAGACAGGUCUAAAGACGUCAUUAUUUCCGGCGGAGAGAACAUCAGCAGCGUGGAGGUGGAAGCGGUGCUUUACAGACAUGAAAGAGUGCUGGAAGCUGCUGUAGUGGUGAUGCCUCAUCCGCAUUGGGGAGAAACUCCUUGCGCCUUCAUUACACUGAAAGAAGAGAGAGCGAAGCCGACAGAGGAGGAGAUCAUCGCGUACUGCCGGCGGAACAUGGCGGGCUUUAUGGUGCCGAAGAAGGUUGUGUUCCUGGAGGAGAUGCCGAAGACGGCUAUGGGGAAAAUACAGAAGAAUAAGCUUAGAGAGAUGGCGCGGGAGUUUGGGAUUGACGUUAAGAGCGAGAGGAAACCUAAGCGUGAAGAGGAGAUGAAGAAGAAGUCGUCGAAGAAUUCUGCUCGGAAUAACGACUACGUAGUGAAUGCAAGAUCCCGGCUUUGAAUGCCUAGAGUUGUAGCUUGGGAGAAGCUUUUGAGUUGAAAACUGUUCGUUCUGAAUGUGUACGUUAAUAUUAUUUAAUAUUAUUGUAAUAAUAUAUAGUAAAAUUAUGAUAUUGGAGGGAAAGCGUUUGGAGCUGUUAGACUAAGGUGAAGGUGGGGUUGGGUUGGGGGAGAGAUUAUUACGUCUCGAGUUUGGAUCGAAGUUAUGUUAAAUUUUUGUGAGUCUGUAUAGUAAAAGCACAGUGAUGAACAUUAACUGUGCUUUUAUCAUAUAUUAGUAAUUCUGGUUUUAGCGCA